ACCGGCCGUUCUAGAGGUCCCGCCCCUCCCCGCCCCCAGAGCCGCGGCCUCCCAGAGUGCCCAACCGCCCGGCGCUCUGGCCUGGGGCAGCACGAGCGGCGAACCUGCGGCUGGACGCCAAGAUGCCUGGCGAACAGCAGACAGAGGAGGAGGAGGAGGAGGAAGAGAUGCAAGAGGAAAUGGUGCUGCUGGUGAAGGGUGAGGAGGAUGAGGGCGAGGAGAAGUAUGAAGUGGUGAAACUCAAGAUCCCUAUGGACAACAAGGAGGUCCCGAGCGAGGCGCCAGCGCCGCCGGCCGACCCGGCGCGCCCACACGCGUGCCCGGACUGCGGCCGCGCCUUCGCGCGCCGCUCCACGCUGGCCAAGCACGCACGCACGCACACGGGCGAGCGGCCCUUCGCGUGCACGGAGUGCGGCCGGCGCUUCUCGCAGAAGUCGGCGCUGACCAAACACGGCCGCACGCACACAGGCGAGCGGCCCUACGAGUGUCCGGAGUGCGACAAGCGCUUCUCGGCCGCCUCGAACCUGCGCCAGCACCGGCGGCGCCACACUGGCGAGAAACCGUACGCAUGCGCUCACUGCGGCCGCCGCUUCGCGCAGAGCUCCAACUAUGCACAGCACCUGCGCGUGCACACGGGCGAGAAGCCGUACGCGUGCCCGGACUGCGGACGCGCCUUCGGCGGCAGUUCCUGCCUGGCGCGCCACCGACGCACGCACACGGGCGAGAGGCCGUACGCAUGCGCCGACUGCGGCACGCGCUUCGCGCAGAGCUCUGCGCUGGCCAAGCACCGGCGCGUGCACACGGGCGAAAAACCGCACCGCUGCGCCGUGUGCGGCCGCGGUUUCGGCCACCGCUCCAACCUGGCGGAGCAUGCGCGCACGCACACGGGCGAGCGGCCCUACCCGUGCGCCGAAUGCGGCCGGCGUUUCCGCCUCAGCUCACACUUCAUUCGCCACCGUCGCGCGCACAUGCGCCGGCGCCUCUAUAUCUGUGCGGGCUGCGGCCGGGACUUCAAGCUGCCCCCUGGUGCCACUGCCGCUACAGCCACCGAGCGUUGCCCCGAGUGUGAGGGCAGCUGAGCCACCGUUACUGUCUAUGCGGGAUGCAAGCGUUCGGCUGAGGAAGGGCACGGUGGGACCCGCCAACUGGGGUUGCAUUAACCUGGACUGCUCCUCCCUGCCCUGCCACCCGGGUCUGGGAAAGAGUGGGACGGCAGGCCUGGCUGCCCUGGAACUGGGAGACAGGGAGAAUCACCCACCAGGGUCCCUGGAAAUCGUGCCCACCUCCCCGUCACUACAUCCCCUUGGCCCAUGUUAGUGAAUAAAAUAUAUCCUCAUCCCA